AUGCCCGCCUCCGGCGGGCCCACUGCGCUGCCGGCCUUGUGCGUGGCGCUGAUAGCUGGUCUGGACUGGCGAGCGAGCCCCCUUCGGCCUGGACCCGUGCCACCGAGUGAGGCUCUGGUGUGGCCCUCGCGGCGAGAGGAGGUUGUCGAGCGGGUGGGUCCGCACUUCUACUGGGUCCUCUCGCCCGACGGCUACUGGUGGAAGGAGCUGCUCUCGGGGGCCUCACUGACCGACGGCCCUUCGGACGACGAGCGCAUCGCCGACGGGGGUGCAUCGCCUGCUGAUGGCCGGAAGCUGUGCAGCUUCGGCGAGCGGCCGACCCCUACUCGGCUCGUGGAGCUGGCCGACGGGUGCCGACUGGCGAUGGAGGCUCGCGGGCAGGCGGCUGCCGGGGGGCCCGCCCACGUGGAGCUCGCCUUUGGCAUGCUGCUGGAUGGCGGGGAGGUGUUCCCGUGGGCCGCGCCGCCGUGCCCGUCGCACCGACUCCACGGGAAGCAGGGGCACGUCUGGGCGCUGACCGAGCCAGUGGUCGACCUGGACAUCGGCGCGAUCACGGACCCGUCGAACGAGACGCUCAUUGGCGCUGGAUUGGGUGCCCCCGGGCUUCGUCGCGGACGGGCGUUUCGUCUGGAGCUGGUGCCGCGGGACGACGUGGCAGGCUGGGCGUCACGCCGUGUGGCCGAGCUGGGCCGUCUCCUGGAGGUGGCAGUUCCCGUGGCGACGCUCGGCUCCUCUCCCCCGGGCGGUGUCCUGGAUGGCGCCGCUGCCAGCGGCGCUGAGGGCGCUCCCGCCCGGGAUGGCGUUCCGUCGACUGUUGCUUUGGCUGACGCCGCUCGAGAUGACACUCGCAUGUUCUGGAUCGAGUGGGACGGCCAAGGGGAGCGGUACAAGGAGUUCAGAGAGGCCGCGAACGAGUCGGCUAACCUGGGGGGGCUCGCCCGCCUUGUGGUGGCCGAGCGCCGGCUCAACGUGACCGUGGACGCCUACAAGUGCGCUGGUGCCCCCUCGUUCGCCACCGCCAAGUACUUGGCUCCGCUGGGCGAGUCGGACGAGUCGACGGCGCCGCCGCCGAGGAGCCACGUGGCCCGCCACAUGAAGGAGGACUGUGAGGUCGAGCAGUCCGUGAGGAAGGCCGAGGCUGCGGAUGCUCGUGUGACGUCGGGAUCUGCUGCAACCCAGCCGGGCGCUGAGGGUGCCACCACAAGGAUCGGCGGUGGGGACAGGGGGCGAGUCAUGACCGAGAAGGCGCAGCCGGGGGAAUGGGCCCCCCCCGGCUGGUACCACAAUCUGGCCCGCGCCUCGCCGCUGCCGCCGUCCGAUUUUGAGAGAGACCUGUUCCCCGUGCCGAUGAUGGCUGCGCCGGGCGGCUCCGCCCGUGGGCGCAGGUCGCAGCACAGGACUCGCGCUCGGCAGCACGAGGUGGAAUUGGUGAGUCGCGCCCUCCGCAGCUUGAACUGGUUGGCCGGCUUCAAGGGCGCGGCCGCUUCACCGAGUCCGGGCGCAACGACCCUGGACAAGCAUGCAGCCCUUCAGCAACACUUGCUUCGUGAAGCUCUUCGGCGACAGGCCGCAGCUCCGCAGGUGAUGCCGAAGGCGGAGGCAGCCCUGAGGGAACUGCUCCGGGGGCAGUCCGUGUACGAGACGGACUUGGCCCCAAGGAACCUCGUCUCCUACCUGCCCGGCAUGGUCUCACUUCCCGACAGCGUGCUGGACUGCCGCUUCAUUGAGGAUAUCGUGAGCCCUCGGUGCCGCUCGUUCUUGGAGGAGAACCACAAGCGUAUGAGGUUGGAGCCGGAGUCAGUCAACUUCGACAGCAUGCCGCGGCUAUACAUGGACCCGGCGCUGAAGAGGAACCCCAAAUCCUACUGUGCCUUUCUGCGAGAUCUUGCUGGCCGCGGACUUCUUGGUGUAACAGCCAGGCCCGCCGAGUCGGUGGGCCUGUUUUUCGUAGCUGAAACGAACGGGGCACAGCGUAUGAUAAUUGAUGCGAGGCGGAGCAACGGCCACUUCAGAGCUCCGCCAGGCGUGCAGCUUCUCAGCAGUGAGGGUUUCGGCCGGAUCGAGAUCGAGUUGCCGCCUGGUGUUCUGCCCUCGUCAGUUGAGGGGCAGCGGCUCCUGGGUGCCUUCGCCGUCUACGUGGCCACCACCGACGUGAAGGACUGCUUCUACCGGAUGCGCGUGCGCGAGGGCCUCGGCCGCUACUUCUGCCUGCCCGCCGUCCCCAAGUACGUGUUCGACGGCCUGCAGGUGGCCGGCGUCCCAGCGGAGACCCCGCCAGACGCUCCCGUGCGGCCCUACUUGGCCGUGCUGCCGAUGGGGUUCACGUGGUCGUUGUACCUGGCCCAGGCCGCGAAUGAGGACAGGGUGUGCCGAAGCCCCAGCCUGUGCAAGGCGAUGCCGGCCGGCAGGCAGCAGCCCCUGAUUCAGGACCAGGCCGAAGCCUUCGUGCUUCGCGCCGCCUCGCGCGGGGUCGGGGGCGCCUACGUGCACAGGAUGGUGUCAGAAUGGAGCGCUCUUUUCGAGCCGGUCGGGCUGGCGCUCCACAAGUCAGAGUCCCACGGGGGCGCUGGUGAGGCUCUCGGCACCGAGCUUGACGGCGUCCGCCUUCGCUCGGGGAUCACCUCGAGCCGGUUUUGGAAGCUCGAGCGAGGCUUAACUGGCCUUCUCGCUCGGGGGCGUUGCAGCGGCCAGGCGCUUGAAAAAGUAAUCGGGCAUUGCACGUUUUGCGGCCUGGCGGCUCGUGGGUCCCUGUCUAUCUUCCACACCGUCUAUAUGUUCAUUUCGGUUCAGUAUCUCGACGUGGGCCCGAUGUGGCCAAAAGUGGUCGAAGAGCUCGUAGCUUUUAGAGGGGUCCUUUUGCUUCUGGGCCGCGACUGGUGGCUGCCAUGGAACCCUUGCGUUUUAGAAACCGACGCCAGCCUAGCGGGCUGGGCGAUGGCCCAAAGCUUCUGGGACCCAGCUCAGGUCGCCGGCGUCGGUCGUGUCAGCGAGCGCUCCCGUUUCAAGCGUGUCGGUGCUCACUCCGCUCGGGAAUCCGCACUCACCUCCGCCCACCUCUUCCGUGACGAGUCAGGCGAGUGGAGAAGCCAGCUUCUAGGAGACGAUCUUCUUUCAGACGACUGGGAGGUCGUUGCGGAUGUUCCCGAAGUCCCUUGGCAGCUCCUCCGGGGCUCGGCCUGGAAAACCGUCCGGAAGGGGGUUUGGGGCCUUAGCGAGGGUAUUCUGGUGCUGGAGGCCCGGGCCUUGGUGAAGGCCAUCCGUAGGCUCGCCAGGGCCAGACACGGGUCUUGCAUCAGACAGCUUUUCUUGUGUGACAAUAUGGCCGUGGUCCUAGCUUUUGUCCGCUCGAGGAGUCAGGACUUCAAGCUUUUGGUCCAGAUUCGGCGCUUCAACGCUUACGCUCUUGCCCUUGGCAUCGCCCCAUAUUUUAGAUGGAUCCCUUCGGAGUUUAACCAGAGCGAUGCCGGGAGCCGCGAUCACUCGGAAGAGUCUGUCCCGACGGAUGUGUGCUCGGGCGCUGCAGCCGACGUGGGCCCCAGUGCGGGCGAUCUCUCCAGGACCGCUACGUGUUCGGCCGAGACCUGGCGCCCGCCCGCCGCCUUGCCCGAGUGCUCCGCUGACGGCGAGGGCGAGGGCGAGAGUGCUGACGGGGCCCCAGAGAGCGACGGAGGCACGUGGCCCCAGAGCCCGCCUCGGCGUGCCGACGGGGGUCCACGGCGCCCGACCAACCAGGACACGCUUGGAGCGCCGCCCCUGCCAGCCGCCGGCGACCUCGCUCCCGCGGCCUCCGCUGGCGACGACGAGGCGGGCGCCGAGGGAGAAGGCGAGUCGAACGGGUCCGACAUCGUGGUGAACCAUGCGACGGCGGCUUCGAGGAGAUCUCGCCGCCUCCAGGACUCCCGGCGCCAACGCCAAGCGGCCCUCCACACGGACAUGAUCAUGCAGGCCGUUGUCGGGGGGCCCACGUUGCUGGCGGUGACCCGCCGGGCGAGGGAGCGCUACGCCCAGUAUCUCGAUCGUUCUUACUCGCAUGCCGACCCGACCAACGACAAGCUCGUGAGGAGCACGAACGAGGCCGUGGACUGCUGGGCGUGCGACUACUUCAACGCGAUGUACCUGUCUGGGGAGCAGAUCAGCCUGGGCGACCAGACUGGAACUGCCCGGGUGGACCGGCGCCCAGCUUUCGGCCAGCGGGGCGGGGGGGCCCCGCCGCGGACGUGGCAAGCAUUGGAGGCGUGGAGACGACGGGCGCCCUCGCGGACCCGCCGAGCACUGCCGUUCGCCGUGCAGCCGCCGGGGGUGUGGCUGCUGGCGGACAAGGGCCUCCCGCUCAUGGCUCUGUUCUUAGCGGGGCCAGGUCCUCUAUUCCCCGAGCCCGGAGGGAGCGGAGACCGGCCGAUGCUGUGGCCUUUCGCGUACCUAGAGCUUUCAAAGGCGGUGCAGCUGGCGGCGGCCGAGGACGGGGUCGACAGGCUGACGCUGUGCCACCUUCGCCGCUCAGGCGCGAUCAUCGACGCCAGCAGACUCUCGCGCGCCCUAGAGGAGAUGCGGAUGCGGACCUGGCAGUCGCUCGUGCCAAGCUAA